AGGAUCCCAACCACCAGGGAUGCGGCCUGGGACCCCGCCCUGCUCCAGAAGAAAUGAGUUAAAAACUAUCCUGAACACAUGCGAUGGUCUGGGCAAGGUGUAAAGGGUCGGAUCGCUCUGCUUGGCUUGUUCUGAUAGAGUUGUGUUAUGGUUUGCAUGGCACUUUCGAUAAACUCCAACCUGACCCGGAGGAGGAGAUCUCAGCAUUUGGCUGGGCCUCUCUCGUUCUCCUGCCCUGCAGAUCACUUCCCCAUCCAACUGCACCUCUGAUGACAAAGGUGUGUAUGUCUGGGUCUCUCUCUUGGCCCUGGAGAGAUGCCUUAUUAAAAAGCGUAAAGACUUCCAUCUAGCAGGGAGCUCCGAGGAGACUGUCCGCUGCCCCAGGUAUCCCCGGGGUAUUCUGUAUCCAUCUGCCUCAGAAGAAGGGCGCAGAUCAAAGUCAUUCUGGUCCAAAUUAUCUGCAUCUUGGUGACCCAUGCCUCUAAACAUCAGGCACAAGAGAAAUGGUGCCUGUUUCACACCGCUCUGCUGUUUCUUGACUUAGCAAGUGAACAUUGCUUUAUAAUGAAUGUCUCUCUCUGCUGGAAGUGGGGAUGGGGAGAGAACUACCCGCUUUGAUUCAGUCUCUUCUCGCCACUGAGUUUCUGAAGUGCCCAGUUUGUUAGGAGGCUGGGUGUGUGGCCUUUCCAGGCUUCGCAUAGACAGGGCCUGUGCUCCUUUCAACUCCUAUGAUAGAGCAGCUGAUCUGAUUGAAAUUAGUUUAGGCAGCACUCUGUUACAGGCAGGGCUAGUUAGUGGUUUGUUCCUAGAACAGUCCCCAGCUCUGCGUUUAGGGUGGAAAUCCGCUAGGAAGACCGCGCUGAAGCCAAGAACAACGCAGCUGGUUCUACUUUUUCCUCUGCGUUCAACUCAGUCCUAGUGUUAUUAGCAAAUACCCUAUAAACCUGUGACCUGUUACACUUGUCUUCUCACUGGAUCCUAAAACGAGAACUGGAUAUAAUCCAUGGCUGCUUUUGGGUAUAGGAGCCCCCGGCUUCUUGGGAUACCACUUCUAAACGAAGGCCUUGUCUAUGUGAGAGAAUUGAAUGUGUUUUACCUUAAAGGGGGUGAUUAUAAACCAGUUGAGUUAAACUGGCACAAAUGGCUGUGCGGACUCUUGUAUUUUGAUUUCAGACAGGCUUAUUUUCAUUUAGCUGAAGUCGAUUAGGAAUUGGCUUAAACUAAACCAAUAUAAGUCACUCAUUCUUAAACUGAAAUAAGAGUGUCUAUGCAGGGAUUUACACCAGUUUAAAGAGGUUUGAAAACUGAUCUAAGCUUACAUAUAGGUGUGACUUUCUUACCCUUACACCCUGAGAAGAGUCACUCAAAUUGCAGUAAGUUAUUCCAUAUCUCAUGAUGUGAUGCUGGGAAUUGUGUUCUUGGGUAUAGUAGAAUCUCGAUUGAUUUUUUGAACACCAAUCUUUUAUACAGCCAGUUAUAUGAGCUGUUUUUCCCAAUGGGGGAAAAAAAAUCACAUAAUGAAAGGGAUGUCAAUGAAGAACAAGUCGACAUCCCUUCACAUCCCAGUGCCUUCAGUGCAUUGGAAAUUGCUUUGCAAUGGUUUGAAGGACAAGAAGAAAACAAUGCAGUGCACCAGACAGCAGCUUGUGCACUAAACCUACUGUAAUUUUGAGAUGUCCAAUUCCAUGAACUCAAUCCUCAAUUAUUUAGUAAAAUAGGGAGGGGUCCUGUUGUAUUUGUGGAAGCUACAGGCAUCUACUCUUAUCUAGAGCUUGAUAUUCAGCUGAACAUAACAGCCAUACUGGGUCAGACCAAAGGUCGAUCUAGCCCAGUAUCCUACUUUCCGAUAGUGGCCAAUGCCAGGUGCCCCAGAGGGAAUGAACAGAACAGGGAAUCAAGUGAUUCAUCCCCUGUUGCCCAUUCCCAGCUUCUGGCAAACCGAGGCUAAGGACACCAUCCCUGCCCAUCCUGGCUAAUAGCCAUUGAUGGACCGAUCCUCCAUGAACUUACCUAGUUCUAUGCCUUUGCCAUAUGCCUUUUUACUGUGGGACUCAUGUAAAGCUCCAUUUUUGUGUUAGCUUCACGCUUACAAUCUGCCCCUAGGCCUUGUUUUAAGAGUGAGAGUCUCCCAUAGUUGCAGAGCAGAAUAGACCGAGAUGGUUAGAUAAGAAUAGGAAGACUACCUGGGCAGGGUUUGCUGAUCCUGUGACCUCUUCUAUGGAAUCCUUUUAAGUCUUUGUAGCUUGUAUUCCCCCAUAUGUGGUAAACAUUAUUCACAGUCUAGCAUAUUAGUAGCUGUUAUGUAAAAGCUAGGUGACAGGUCCCUCCUCUCCGUGACAGUCAAUGUAGAAACUGAGUAAUCCUAAGAAGAAUCAUAUGGACCAUAUUGGAUCAGACCAAUGGUCCAUCUAGCCCAAUAUCCUGUCUUCCGACAGUGGUCAAUGCCAGGUGCUCCAGAGGGAAUGAACAGAACUGAUCAUCAUCAAGUGAUCCAGUGAUGGGUGGGUUAGUGCUGCAAUAGGUGGAAGUCUCAAUAGACGUCUCUUCUUGAACCAUUCUUGAUAUGGUUCCUCUAUGCUAAUUUGGCCACCAUCACCCCAGUGGCUUAGGUCCAGUUGAUUCUAAGUAUGAAACCUGUUUGAUUUAGGCUUCCUGUCCAGCUUCCUUUCGUGGUUUGUGACCAUGCAUUUUUCCUCACCAUAUGCUACACACAAGGCAGGAACAGACUCUUCUCCCAGUCAGCCGAGUGUAUCGGACCACGUGUCUGACGUAACAUGUUGAGGAAUAGGAAACCCAGCUGGCAUCUAAAAGCGUAAAUAACUUAAACUCCAUGCAGGACUUCUAUCUUGGCAAGUCUAUCGCAAAGGAGGCAGUCAACCCUCCCAUGGUUCUGUCAUGACACCUCUGUAUGAGCUUUAGUCUAGUCCUCCCUCUCAGGCCAAGAACAAGCGGUGGGUCGAUGGGACCUGUGGGCAGCAGAGUUUGCUGGAGUCCUGGCACAGAAUUCUCUUUAGCCUUUUCUAUUGCCUCGUGUGUUGGCUUAUCAUUUAAUGCAUAAACGUCACUGUGGCACUAAGGGUUUGCCCCUCUGCUGCUUUUCAAGCAGUGUGCUGUUACUGGUGCUUAGAACAAGAAGUUUUGGGGGUCUUGAUGCCCUAACUUGGAAGAGCAACUGCUAGGAACUCAGCCCAGUGGCCCCUUUCCAAGAAGGCAUUUGGCAACCAUUUCAGCAGUGCAUGCUGUGGAGAUGGGGGCCUGUUGAUGCAUCGGUGUAAGCUCAGGGGCUGUAGCAAUACAGACUAGAAAAGCUCGGCUUGGUGCUGGUGGAUUGCUGACUUUCUCUCCCCCAUGCUCCCUGUUUAUCCCCAGGUACCCGCUGAGCCCCCACAAUAGCCCUGGGGCUGCUGUUGGAGUUCUUGCCGCUGACGUCUCCUUUUUUAUGCUCUUUGGCUCUCCAUGCGAGCCAGAGACAAAUGGAUGCAAUCGCCAGCGGCAGCCUCAAGAGGAAGUUUGAAGAUGUGGAUGUGGGCUCGCCCGUCUCCAACUCGGACGAUGAGAUUUCCAACAGCGACAGCGCCGACAGCUGCGAUAGCCUCAACCCCCCAAGCACCAUGGGCUUCAUACCCACAUCCAUCCUGAAGAGGCAGAAACAGCUGCGCAGGAAGAAUGUGCGUUUCGACCAGGUGACCGUGUACUAUUUUGCCCGGCGCCAGGGCUUCACCAGUGUGCCCAGCCAAGGGGGCAGCUCCCUGGGCAUGGCCCAGCGCCACAACUCCGUCCGCAGGUACACGCUGUGCGAGUUCGCCCAGGAGCAGGAGGUGAAUCAUCGGGAGAUCCUCCGGGAGCACCUCAAGGAGGAGAAACUCCAUGCCAAGAAGAUGAAGCUGACCAAGAACGGCACAGUGGAGUCGGAGGAGGCGGACGGCCUGACCCUGGAGGACGUGUCAGACGACGACAUUGAUGUGGAGAACGUGGAAGUGGACGACUAUUUCUUUCUGCAGCCCCUGCCCACCAAGCGGCGCCGAGCCCUGCUCCGGGCCUCCGGGGUUCACCGCAUCGAUGCUGAGGAGAAGCAGGAACUGCGCGCCAUCCGCCUGUCGCGAGAGGAAUGCGGCUGCGACUGCCGCCUGUACUGCGAUCCCGAAGCCUGUGCUUGCAGCCAAGCUGGGAUUAAAUGCCAGGUGGAUCGCAUGUCCUUCCCAUGUGGCUGCUCCAGGGACGGCUGCGGGAACAUGGCCGGGCGAAUAGAAUUUAAUCCCAUCCGGGUGCGGACUCACUAUCUCCACACCAUCAUGAAGCUGGAGCUGGAGAACAAGCGGCAGGUGAACCGGCCCCAGGCCCUGGAGGAGGAGUCUCUCCAUGGCUCCGGCAACGACUGGCUGGGAACGCAGCCCUCGGAGACGCAAGACUUCCAGGAGUUCAUGGCGGAGAACGAGACAGCCGUCAUGCACCUGCAGACGGCGGAGGAGCUGGAGAGGCUGAAGGCUGAGGAAGACUCCAGUGGCGCCAACAUAGAGAGCUUAGGAGUGUGCAUCCUUGAGGAGCCUCUGGCCGUGCCUGAGGGGCUGUGCCCAGGCCUACCCACGCCUAUCCUCAUUCAAGCCCAGCUCCCUCCGGGCUCGUCUGUCCUGUGCUUCGCAGACAGCACCGAGCAGGCAGCCUCGGCUGUGGGCGACCAGUCCUACUUGAACAAUGGGCCGGUGGUGUACUACCAGGUGGACCAAAGGUCCAUGCUGGGGGUGAAGGGCGAGAGUGGCACGGAGGAGUCGGAGAUGCCCUCUCCUUACACGAAUGAGAAGGAUCUGAGCGUCUUCUCCGUCCCCGUGGCCUCGCUGGUGCCGUGCAGCAGAGCCAUGGCCCCGAGCAAGACGGAGAUGGGGAAAGUAGCCGCCUUGUCUCUGGAGCCCUCCCCGCCCCACGAGAGCUGCAGGGCAGCCGCAGCUCCCCCGUUCCGUACAAACGCUCCGUCGUCUGGACCGGAGCAGGCCCCGGAGAGAGUGUGUGAGCUGCCUUCCCCGGAGGAGCGCUCCCUGGGGCCCGCCCUGGCCGUGUGACCCAGCCCCUGACCCUGCCGGGAGCUUUCUCUGAUGUCUAUUUAUUGACAGAUAUUUUAUCGAGUGGCAGUGGCCGCUGAGGAUUAUUUAAUUGGUAUCGGGGGGUGGGAGCCGGGCUGCUUUGUAUAUAUGAUUUAAAAGAAAACCAAUGCAACCAAGCGCUUGUGGCAGUCUCUUGAGGCUCCCUCUUCAGAGAGGGUGGGGCAUCACGUCUAACCCUGGAGGUGCUGCCACGUGCCAGAUGAGGAAGGCUCAGCUGAGCUCCCUCCCAUUUAUGGAACUGGGUGUCUCCUCCCUGCCCCCACAGGGACCAUCCUAUGUGAAUCUGUGUCUGUCUCCUAUAAGCAAUAGUGCGAAACUGCCUCUUGUUCCUCCCCUUCGAGCACCGGACUUGGCCUGUGGGGCAGCGGGGACGCCUUUCCGUGGUUGCGUCCCCCGUCCCCCCCCCCCCGUCGAUCUCGAACGUGUUUGUGUGGCAGAGUCUCCAUCCUGCUUCUCCUCCCAGGUGAAACUGACAACAUUCCUACCGGGCCGUUUGCUUCAGCACUUGCCCUUGGAACCACCUGUCUGAACCCCACCCCAGCAGCGGAACAGCCUGGGCUCUCCGCGCUCCCCCCGGUAGCUGCCACCCUUACCCUGACCCGAAGAGACGGCUUUCUCUGGAUCAGUCAUCCUCCACGACUGGUUACGUUUCCUCUUUCGGCAUGCGACCAUUUUAUAAACCAGCACCCAGCUUAGAGUCUCCUGCUCAUCAGUAGCUUUGUCCUGGCCCCCCCUUACUGCCUCCCAGCACUGCAUCACCUGCCCGUUAUGGGCUUGAUGGAAUCCAGUCUUUUUUUUUUUUAAACGUGCUGAAUGUUUACUGGGCCAUUCUGUGACCCAUUGCCUGUAACUGACACUACAGUCCCUGUGCUGGGCUGUGGCAAACCCUUCUGGGAGCUCCCUCUUUGGACCUGGGCUACUCCAAUGGACUUGAUCUUCUCUGUGGAAGUCUGAAUGUUGGAUGGUAAAGACUGGUAACCUGGUGGAGAUGUGGGGGAGGGGGGAUGCCACCUGUUUCCUAAUCAUGUCAAUGUUUUCUGUUUUAAUUGCACAGGAAGUGGAGUGGGGAGGGGGAGGACCAAGAACAUGAUCCACACGCUCACCUACAAAAAACUUCCUGCCACCCAGUCACUUAAUAGCAACCCUCUGUCCUGGCUCAGUCUAAACUGGAGGGCGAGAGGUUUGCAUGCAAUGGAAUUGCAGCCUUGGGUGACUGGGUGGGCAGCAGCUAUUUCAGUCCUUGGAAGAAACUGGCCCUUUCCCUGCUAGGACUGUCUGUGAAUUCAGCAGAGAUUGCAAAGGUGCAAUAUGUUGGUGGCAGAGAAGGUGCUGUGCUCUGGGCUUGCAUCCCAGUCUGGUGCAGGGAGGCACAUAAUCAUCAUUCUAAUAAGCCACAGCAUUUCCCCCCGACUCAGGGGGAAAGACUCAAUCUUCUCAAAACUGCCACAAUUUCUGUCCCAACAGCCCAUCAACCCUGCCUUCCAGGCAGGUAGCGAAAGCACUUUUCUCCCUAACCUCACAGGCAUCUUUCCUUCUGUGAUAAAAAGCUGGUACAGACCCCUUCCCGAGUCCCCUCAGUCUCCUGGCCCAAGGAGAACACAGCCAGGACCCAGUUGUAUUUCUCUGCACUGUACUUUCUAAAGGGCCAGGACCCAGCACGACUGCAGCACUAAACUUCUGCGGAGAGCAGAAAUACCUUUCCCGUCUCUUUCAGACGCGUGGAGCCUGCUAGGCUGCCGCAACAAUCUCGUCCAUUUCACUCUCUUCCAUUACAGAUUUCUUAAGAUUCUUGUUUCCCCUCCCAUAGUAAGUAGCUACAGCCCUUAUUUGUGCUGGAAGGAUACGAAGUAGUCGAUGGUGGGUUGACUACAUGUUAACACCUUGCUGGAUCUCUAGGGUAAACAGGGCUCGUGAGCCCACUGGGUUUUGGUGACUGGUAUUUAAGAUCUACUGGCUGCCUGUCCUGGCACAGUGAGCAGUUAGAAGUGAAGGUUGUGUUCAGCAAACUAGCUUUUCCUCUAUGGUUUAGACUGUGAACCUCCUCUGGCCUCAGUGUCCAUGUCUCCUUAAACAUCAACCACGCAGCCCCAUCGCCUGCCUGCUGGGGCUAUGACCACAACCCCAUCACCAUGACUGUGAGAAAUGGACAAGAACAGCUCACACUGGUGCAGGUGCUGAUGUUUCUUCUCUCCCUGGUUUGUUACAGGGGGGGGAGGCACAAAUGAAAUCACUAAAUUCUCUAUUUCCAAAUUCCACACUCUGAGCUAUAAAGUUGGGUGCUGUAGAAAAGGUGGGGCUGUCUGGCCCACCCCCAGGGCAGCUGUCCUUUCAAAAGUGGGUCCCUAAACAGGCUGCUGAAUCUUGCACUUGGUGCUGCCACAGCUGGGCAGCUCCUGUAGACAGCCCAAACGCCCUCCCCCCGUUUUUGUUGCCUUAAUUCCACCGCCAGUCCCCUUCCUCGGGGACAGCAAGACACGAAGGCUUUAAAAGUCAUUUGUGCAGUAGGACAGCAGCGGAGCUUCUUACGCUACUGAGCGCUUUAAGCUUCAUCCCUUGGCCGAACUGUAACCAGCAGAACGUGCACUUGAGACUGGAAUUAACGGUUCACAUCUUUCCUAGCAGAUCCCUUUGAAGCAUUUAGCAGGGAGAAUUCUCUUCCUCCCCCCCCCCCCCCCAACAUUCCAAGAUGGUGCUGCCAGUGAGUAGGAAGGGGGUAGUUGAACCCACAGGUAAAGACAAAAGCUCUCUCCCGCCCACCCCCAAAAUCCCCCAUGGAAUAAUCGUCACCUGGGCCAGUAGGACAACUCCCUUCACUUCACACAGUUAGCUGACCUGGCUGUGUGUGUGGAUCAGGUGUUGAAUAACUGUGGAUUGGCCAUUUGCCAGACUGACUCCUCCAUGUAUCUGUAAGGGCUUUGGGCAUGCCGUCUGCUCCUGUGAGAAACAGGGCAGCUCUCCUCUGCGAGGGAAAGAAAGUGAGUGGUUCUGCCUGGUGACAUUUAAUAGGUAAAAUCUUUGAUACUAAAGUUCCCUUCUUGAUUUGCAUCCAAGCCCUUCGCUGCUAGAGAAGCAACUGAAUCUAGGCUGGGGCCUUCUGGUGAUGUGGAAAUACACAAAAUGACCAGAGGCUGGACUGCUUUAAAUGAAAUUACAGAAGAAUCCUAGGGCAGCAGUUAGGAUGGGGGCUCUCGCACUAAGCAAAGAACUAAUAGGAUUUAAUCUAUUUUUACAGAGGUAACACGAACAUGCAUUUUGGCCUUUUUCCCUCCCCCCUUCCCCCCACACACUUUGUGACACUAAUGCUGGUACCGCACUGUCUCCUCUUUUGUUAGCCGUGUAGUAAACCCAACAGCCCAUCUCACUUCUGGUGCUAUUGAGCUGUUGCCUGGUCCCGUUCUGAGACACUUUGGUUCUAGCCCCUGCUCCUCUUCCUAUUGAAAUAGUGACUUCCGUCUCCUUUCACACCCUGUAUCCAGGUGGAAUUUUCAAUGUGAAUCCAAAGCUUGUCAGGUCCUCUGCUAUUUUUUUUUUGACCUUUUAGGUUCUUUUCAUUGUGAUAAUGCUGUAUUUAAAGAGAAUAUUUAAGUGUAAAAAUAAAUAAAUGCUCAAACUUG